AUGGCUGCCACUAGCAUUCCGAUUGUGAAGAAGCGGACGCAAAAGUUCAAGAGGCACCAAUCCGACCGCUUUAAGCGUGUCGGAGAGUCCUGGCGCAAGCCGACCGGUAUUGACAAUUGUGUCCGCCGUCGUUUCCGCGGCACGAUUGCGAUGCCCAAGAUUGGUUACGGCUCCAACAAGAAGACGCGCAACCUGAUGCCUAACGGUUUCCGCCGCUUUGUCGUGCACAACGUCAACGAGGUGGACCUCCUUCUCAUGCACAACAACUCCUUCGCUGCCGAGGUUGCACACAACGUGAGCAGCAAGAAGCGCAUCGAGAUCCUUAACAAGGCCAAGGUGCUGGGUGUUCGUGUCACCAACGCCAACGCGCGUGUCCGUGCUCAGGAGGCUUAA